AUGCUUUUUCACCCGGUACAUCUCAUCAACGACAUUUUCACAAAUGGUCAACAAACUCAACUUGUUUUAUGCGAAUGCUGUGAUCAGAUUAAUGAUUUGACGUUGAUGAUGAACGUGAGAGUAUUACACGUUAUUUAUAACGAGGGUCUUAUUGAGCACACCCCUUUACCACCCACUUUGGUGGAAUUAGCUGUUAUAUCAAACUGUCCCGUCGAUGGUAUUCCCUCCCAGCUUGAAGUAGUUGGUUACAUUAGUCGUGAUUGUCGUGAUAUCAGUGUGAGAUCCUCCAAACUUAAACGCCUGUUGAUAACAAGAGCCAAAAAGUUAACAAUCGAUUGUCCCAAUAUUGAAGCUAUGAACCGAAAGCAUUAUCUGUCAAUUGAGGAGUGCAACGUCCCCAAUGUGUCGGAAUUAGACACAAUUGAUCGAGCGGGUCUUUUGGAACGGGUCCCCAACCUUCGUCGUCUCACCAUAACCGAAGGGAAUUCGAAGUGGGCCGAUCUUGUCAUCACCCAACGCCUUGAAUGGGUUAAGCUUGUACGUGUCAAAUUAGGGCAUAUGGUGCUUUCAGCAAACUCAAUUUCGGUUGAUUCGUGUAAGUUCACUCACGCUCCCACCUUCACGACGAAGUACCUUAGACCCUGA